GUUUGUGCACUGCCUUUUGAYAAGUGGGAACAAGAGCUCGAAUUGUGUAAGAAUACAGUACAUUUGCACGGGUAUAAACAUGGUUCGAAAGUUCUUUGUGGGUGGAAACUGGAAAAUGAAUGGAAACAAAGCUAAGAUAGAUGAGAUCCUGAAAAAUUUACUCGAGAAUAGCUUGUCGCCAGACACAGAGGUUGUGGUAUCACCACCAACAUUGUACCUGGACUAUGUAAGCACUAAUGCCAAGUCUGAUAUUGGAGUCGCAGCUCAAAAUUGCUACAAAGUACCAAGUGGAGCUUACACUGGGGAAAUCAGCCCUGACAUGAUCAAAGACCUCAACUGUAAGUGGGUAAUAAUAGGACACUCUGAAAGAAGGAAUAUAUUUGGAGAAAGUGASCAGCUAAUAGCAGAGAAGGUUGGUCAUGCACUGACUUCYUGUAUUUCUGUAAUUGCUUGCAUUGGUGAACUGUUGUCUGAGAGAGAAGCAGGAAAGACCCAAGAGGUUGUCUUUAGACAACUCUCAGCUAUUGCAGAGCAAGUAUCAGACUGGAGUAAAGUGGUGAUUGCCUAUGAACCUGUUUGGGCCAUUGGUACAGGGAAAACAGCCACACCACAGCAGGCACAAGAGGUUCACCAACAGCUUCGUGGAUGGUUAAAAGAGAAAGUAUCUGUAGAUGUGUCAUGCAAUACGCGCAUCAUAUAUGGAGGAUCAGUUAACGCAAAGAACUGUCGUGAACUCGCUGCCCAACCAGACAUCGAUGGCUUUCUUGUUGGUGGUGCUUCACUCAAACCAGAGUUCGUAGAUAUCAUUAAUGCAAGGCUAUAAGGGUUUAUAUUUUGUUUUACGUACAAUGGAGCAAGUUGAUAUUUUGAAAUAUUGAUGGUAGUUAACCCGUGAUGGUAGUUAACCCGUACUUAUUGCGCUUAGCUCAUUAGAACCCCCAUUGUUAAAUAUUACUGUUUCAUUACACUGCAUAGUGCAUUGAAUAUACGAGGUAACAUAUGACAAGAUUAGUAUUUUUUGAUACUUUAGAACAGAGUACCAUAAAAAUUUGCUACCUAAAAGUUAUGAAACAUAGUAAUAGUGCACAGCGUGCAUGGGGCGUAUAGUGUAUUUUGAACGGGUUAAGCUCCAUCAUUCUAGUUUAUAUGAAUUAGGUAACUUGAAUAAAUUAUAGUACUCGGAAAUAAUAUCUUUAUUUGAUCUUAAAUACUUAUCAGAAAUAAAUAUUAUGAGGUUGAAAA